AUGCAGAAGGUCACGUCCUCGCAGACGAUCCGGCGCGCCCGCGCGCGGCUGGGUCUCCAGCCCGUGGCGCCCAUCAAUGAGGACGAGCAGAUUGCGGAGCGGCAUAGGCUGUGGUGGUCGCGCGUCCGGGUCGCGCUGCGGGAGCCAUUGGCCGAGUUCUUGGGCAUGGUGAUCAUGGUGCUGCUCGGAAGCUCGUCGUCGGCCCAGGUCCUCCUGAGCAAGGGCCAGCAGACCGCGCCGGGAGGCAACGGCUACGGGCCGUAUCAGAAUAUCAACUGGGGAUGGGGCAUAGGCACAAUGCUGGGACUCUAUGUUGCGGGCGAUUCAGGGGCUUACCUCAACCCGGCCGUCACCCUGGCCAACUGCAUCUUCCGACAGCUUCCCUGGAGACGAUUCCCCACCUACGCAAUGGCCCAAUUUCUAGGCGCUCUCGUCGGCACCGGCAUCGUUUACGCAAACUACAUUAACGCCAUCGACCAGUACGAGGGCUACAGGAUCCGGACCGUCCCUCCGAACCCGACCGCAACAGCCUCCAUCUUCUGCACCUUUCCCCAGCCGUUUCUCACAAAAGCGAGCCAGUUCGUCAGCGAGUUCAUAGCCAGCGCCAUCCUGGUGAUUGUCGUCUUUGCUUUCAGGGACCCCAGGAAUAACGGGAUUGAGAAGUUUCCCCUCAUGAUGUUCUUUCUUUGGUUCGGUCUUGGAGCCGGCUUCGGCUGGAACACCGGAUAUUCGCUCAAUCCGGCCCGGGACCUUGGUGCGCGUGUUAUGGCUACCCUUCUGGGCUACGGCUCCGAAAUAUGGACCGCCGGCGAUUACUAUUUCAUAAUACAAGAAACUGCCCCAUUCUGCGGCUGCGUGUUUGGGGGCCUCCUCUACGACCUGUUCAUCUACACAGGGAUAUCGCCUGUCAAUACCCCCUGGAUGGGGCUGAAACACAUUUUACGCCCGGAUUAUGCAUUUGGGGUCGCCAAAGCAAGGCGUUACAAGGACGUUGAGGAGGGCGACACGUGAGGAGGAGCCUACUGGCGGAGGACGCAGUGGGACGGAUGCCAGCGCCGCCCGUCGACGGCACAGCCGACAACCGUGACGUGAGUCGAAACAUACACGCCAAGGCUACUCCAGUUGACGACGACGACAACAACGAAACCGGCUCCCGCUGUCCCCCGGGCAACCACUGAUGGCCGCUCCCCUCAACGAGGACGACAAACCUAUAACACCGAGGUUGACGAAGACGUCAGCACCACCGUCACAGCCCGCGUUCCUACUGCCAGGUGGGAAGCCGCCGCUGGUUGUAGGGCAGACUGAGUUGAAAAAUGCCUCUAUAUGUGCAAACGCCGUGGCCAAAAAGAACGGCCAGACGUGCAAGGUUACUUCCAACGUCUGGAAGGCGGAUUUCUGGCUGGGAUGGAGUGUGUGUGCCUGCUAUUGCAAGAGGUGAGUAGUCAAGGGGAGAGGGUAUGGACGGUGACCAGCACUGAGCGGAUAGGGUUGGGGAUGGUAUAUGAGUGAC